UAUUGAUCAACUUUUAAUGAAAAAGGAAUUGAGUUUUACAGAAGAUUCGGAGAAGCUAUUAUCAACCCCCAAGGAAGAGAAAAGUGUCGUUGAACAAGUCAGAUCUAUUCUGAGCCAUGAGAAGCAUUCAUUUGAAAUUCAAGAACCAGGUCAAGUUGAGGAGCCUUCUCCUAAGAAAAAUACCUAUUUAGGAUACCUCUUUAUGUUUAUUGCUAUUUCAGGAUUCACUUGAGGACAUAUUUUCUCAAAGAUUGCUUUCACCAGGAAUCCAGCACUUGGAGGCUUUGACUGUGUCACAUUCUUCGGAAUCUGGCUCUCCAUUGUGUAUAUCACGUGGGCGAAGAUCCUGGGAGUUCAGUUAUCAGUCACAAACUUGCCAAAAACACCAUUAAUUGCUCUGUUGUUAAGUCUCGUGGUGACAUUUUUGGUCCAGCUGGGCAUGUUUAAAGCUAUUUCUUGGAUCCCAGUUGGCAAGAGUACGCUGAUUUAUAGCACAAAUCCUAUAUUUAGCGUAGUUUUGUCCUUCCUAAUUUUGCGGGAGAAAUUAUCCAAACCCAUCGUCUUUUCAGCAAUUGGAGCUCUUAUUGGGAUUUACUUUUUAUCUCUGAAUAAAAAAGAAGAAAGUGAUCAAGGGGAUAACUUAAUUCUUGGUGUAAUUCUUGUUGUAACCUGAGCAUGGCUACAAGCAGUCAUUUUCAUCCUUGUAAGGAUCAUCAGCUCCCAAAAGAUCCAUUUCACUGUGAGGCCGGCUAAUGUCGGAAUGUUCUUUAUCGCGAUUGUAGUGUGAUAUAAUUGCUUCCUAUUGUUGGCAGGCUAUCCAAGUACAUUUCAAUAUGACUUGGUAGACAUAAUUUUGCUAUCAUGAGUCGGAAUCGGUGCCUGACUGUGCAUCGGUCCUCUAAGUUUAGCCAUGCAGUAUGAAGAAGCCUCAAAAUUGUCACCACUUCUUUAUACAGAGAACAUUUUCACCUUGCUAGCAGACGCUUUGGUGUUUGGCUACACUUUCGUUAAAUCUGACUACAUUGGGAUAUCGAUAGUAGGAGUUUGCCUCCUCAUUCCUGUUUUCAUCAAGUUAUAUGCUAAGAAGUAAGCACUACAAGUUUCAACACCCAUA